CUUUAAGGGAAAGGACACACUGCUUUGAGGAUUUAACUUGGCUUUCUCCCAAAAAGGGAACAGUCAGGAAAGAAAAAAGGGGGAGGAGAGAGGAGGAAUUUAUUUGGGGACACCUUCCUUCACAGGAAAUGGUCAACUUGUCAGCAUGACACCUUGUCUGGAUUCCCCUCUCUUCCUCAGGCAAAAAUCCUGAAAAUGAUGGAUGACAACAAGCAGCUGGCCCAGCGCAUCGAUGGGGCCAUUCAGUCUGCCAGCCAGGAGGUGACCAACCUGCGGUCAGAGCUGAGCGCCACCAGCCGCAGACUGGCCGAGCUGGGAGCAACAGACUCCUCCACCAGCAUGCUGGAGACCCUGCAGCACAACCACAACGAUCCCUCUCCUCAUGCGAGGCAGAAGCCGCCGGCCACUGACCUCCCCUACAAGACUGAAAUCAGCAGCCUCAUGGACUUCAACUCUCCGGAUGCCUCGCUGGACAAAGUUCUGCUGCGUGAAGAGGUGGCCCAGCUCCAGGAGGAGGUCCACCUGCUGCGGCAGAUGAAGGACAUGUUGAGUAAGGACCUGGAGGAGACCCAGGGAGGCUGCUCGGCUGACGUGCUCUCUGCCACCGAACUUCGCGUGCAGCUGGCCCAGAAGGAGCAGGAGCUGGACCGAGCCAAGGAAGCUCUGCAAGCCAUGAAGUCGGACCGUAAGCGUCUGAAGGCAGAGAAAGCGGACCUGGUGAAUCAGAUGCAGCAGCUUUAUGCCACACUGGAGAGCCGGGAGGAGCAGCUCCGGGACUUCAUACGCAACUAUGAGCAGCACAGAAAAGAGAGCGAGGACGCAGUGAAGGCACUGGCCAAGGAGAAAGACCUCCUGGAGAGAGAAAAGUGGGACCUGCGACGGCAGACCAAGGAAGCCACGGAGCACACGGGGAUGCUGCGCUCGCAGCUCGACCUCAAGGAGAACCGCAUCAAGGAGCUGGAGGCUGAACUGGCCAUGAUGAGUAACUGUGUCAAUCAGAGAAUGGAGUUCCGGGUGUUUGAGCGGCUUGUGGACAGGGACUACUCUCCUAGGGUCAUGGCGGCCAAACAGUCACUAGCCACCCUGACCAAGGACGUGCCCAAGCGUCACUCACUGGCAAUGCCAACGGAGGCGGUCGUCAACGGCAACAACCAGGAGUGGGUGAUGCAGGCCGAUCUUCCCCUGACCGCUGCCAUCAGACAGAGUCAGCAGACCCUCUACGUCCACACGGGGCAUCCCACCGACAGACAAGUGGCUGCCGUGCGGGUGAGCCCGUGCCACUCGCGUCAGCCUUCCAUCAUCUCCGACGCCUCUGCUGUGGAGGGAGACCGGUCAUCCACACCCAGCGACAUCAACUCACCACGCCAUCGGACUCACUCCCUUUGCAAUUCCCUAGAAGAUCUGGAGGAGGCGAAGCGUAAGAAGAAGAAAGAGAAGAUGGGGCUGGGCUCUCUGUCGCGUGUCUUCGCCCGAGGAAAGCAACGCAAGUCCCUCGACCCUGGUUUGUUUGAUGGUACUUCAACACCUGAUUAUUACAUAGAGGAGGAUGCAGACUGGUAAAGCACACAUGUCCGAGUGAACCACCUGGAGAGCCUUUUUGUGGCAAUUAUCAGAAGACGACAUUGUGUUGAAGUGCGCAUGUAUGAGAGGAUGGGCGCGUGUUCGAUGUCAGCGUGUACAGAUACUGUAUAAUAACGUGUGUGCCUGUGUAGUCUCACAUGCAUGCAUACCGAUGCGUGUAUGCGUGUGAGAGCGUGUGCAUGUGUGUGUCGCCCAUGGUCAGAGGCCAUGUCAGAAGCCGGAGGCGCAUCUUGCUUCGCUGAAGUGUAUACCUUAACGAGCAAAUUGCACCUGCAUGUAUGUACAGACGUGUAAAUAGCGUGGAGAGUGUAACACAGCAACAACGUGGACAUGUUCUAUUGUAUCUGCCCUCCAAAACAGCUGUGUUAUUGGAUCUUUUAAUUGUUCUUUACAUUUUGACUUUUUGUUUUCACUCAACUGGAAACUUGAAGGACUGCUGUACUUGUAAAUAACAACAGUUGAUGUGCACUUUGUGCGUGUAAAUGUCUCCUUGUCCUGAAUGCCUUUUGUUAUUUUUGACAUGUACUCCCCCCUCCUCUCACUACCUUUUAACUUAAAACUCCUCCCUGUUUAUUGUCCUGCUUGGUCCAUCCCCUUCUUCCACACUGCCAUGAUGAGAACAGUUUCCUGUAGGCAACAUGCAGACUCCUUAAAUCCACUUACAAUUCGGUUGUCGGUUAACACAUCCCUCAACCGCCAAAAAAAAAAAAAAUCAGUGCAGAAGCACUCCUUGAUGUUGACUCAAAGAGACUUCAAAGAAGCUGCUAAGCGAGGACUGAACCUUCUAUGUUGUUCCACAGCAUCAUGACGCCAAACAGGAAAUGUCAGAAAUGUGUUUUCUAUCUGCUCAGAUAGAAGGUACAUGCCUAAGGUACAUGUGUGACAUGCAUGCACAUAGUCCCAGUCCCCCGAAUGCAUGUUCAACAAAACCCCACUAAAAGAGAGAUGUCUUCCCCUGGGUAUGUUGUCAAGAAGGUGAUAAACUGUCUGUUCAAAACAAAACAAAAAAAGAGAGGUCAGUUACUGAUUUCAUGAUGUUUAUUCAUGAUUUCCUCCAUUUUGAAUGAUUAAAUUUGCAAACUUGACCCUCUGUUAUGCAAAAAAAAAAAAAAAAAAGUGCUCUGAUUAAUGUUUAAGAGCUUAACAUCCCAAACUCAACAUAGUUUAGUUUUAUUCUGCACCUACAAGGCUCUUUAUGCAAAAUUACAUUUGAAAUAGUAAAGGUCAGCAAAGUCACCAAACCCAGCACUGCACUUUGAAUCUUUAAUUAUUCGGCUUAUUCAUGAGGCUUUGUGACAUUUUCUCUCUGCAGGAUCUUACAGCUGCUUGUAGCUGUCGUUAUAAUGCUGGGAGUAGGAUUCUUUUGUGAAAAGUUAGUCUUAAAAGAAAAAUAAGCAUAAACAUUAAUUAUUCUUACAUAGUAGAUGUGAGGCUGCUGGUCAAGGCUUUUAAAGAUGUCUGGAAUUAAGGUUAUUUAACCAGAUAACCAGAACUUCAAUUAAGAGGUGCAGACUACUAGAACAUGACCGAGCGCUAACGCUGAAGGUUAGAAAUCACGAUUUAAGCACGCUAAUCAAGCAAAUCCAUAACUUCUUCCGUGACCCUGUGAACUCAAGAAAAAAAAUUCUGAUGCAGAGUUCAAGCCAUCGCUGAAUGAAAGCAAUUAACUUUAUGCUAAAGGUUAAUAGCAUUUUUUUUUUUUUUUUGUCAAGCACAAGACAUUGGAAUUUUUUUUUCAUCCAUUCACUGGAUUGAGUCGGAGUCUGCACGAACCCCCCCAGGAAAUCUUUUCUCUUCCCCGAUAUUAAACUAACACUGGGUAUUUGUCGGCCUCAGCUGAAACACUAUAGAGUUCCAGAUUACAUUGGAGCUGUAUUUAACCGCAGCGCUUGCCAAAGGAGCAUCCAUGUAAGCAGGAGAGGAGAUUAUCUUUUAACCUUUAGCACAGCCUACGUUUUAGGCUCACCGACUUCAUCACUAAGGUAAUUCAAAGAUGAGUCACCAUGCAUUAAACUGUAUAGGAACAAUAGCUUAUUUCAUCAAACUUUCAGAGAAACAUAAGAAAAUCUAGGCUGUUUUUUUUGUUUUUUUGGGUUUUUUUUUCAUUUAACCAACUUUUAUGAUCCUCUGCUGAUGGGGGGGAGAUAACAUAUCAAAUGAAAAAUAUUGUAUCACUUUCUGUUUUGAGCCACGGUCUCUUUGUUUUGUUUCCUUCCGCAGAUAUUUUCCUUUUUUGUAAAUGAGAUAACGUUACAGAAAUUAAAUUAAUAUUAUUAUGAAAGAGUUUUAUUUAAAGUCAAAAAAAAGAUGUAGGCCUCAGCGGAGGACUUCUAUUCUGAAGCCCUGAGAUGUUUUAGAAGAAGUGGAUAGUAGCAAACUUUUAAAGGCAUGGCAACAAAGUUACGCUCAAAAAGAACUAAAUGAGAAAAAUAAGAAUUAUUUUGAAAUAAAAUAAAUAACGCUGAAUUUCCA